AUGUCUCUUGGAAUGGCGGUGUUGGAAAACAGAGAAGCCAGCGGGGCAUCCACGGAGGGAACCUCUAAAAGAGCUGCAAAAGUCCGGUGGUGGCACCAGGGUACCAAGACCUUAGUAGUUCAUGGGCAGAAUGAAUGUGAUAUCCCAACCCAGCUACCAGUCCAUGAAGACACCCAGUUUGAAGCUCUUUUAAAGGAGUGUCUGGAAUUUUUUAACAUACCUGAAUCCCAGUCUUCCAACUAUUUUUUAAUGGAUAAGCGGUGGAAUCUUAUUCAUUAUAAUAAGACCUACGUCCGUGACAUUUACCCAUUUCGUAGAUCCGUAUCUCCACAACUGAAUCUAGUACACAUGCAUCCAGAAAGGGGGCAAGAACUCAUUCAAAAACAGGUAUUUACCCGCAAAUUAGAAGAAGUGGGUCGAGUGUUGUUUCUCAUUUCUCUGACUCAGAAGAUCCCUGUGGCUCACAAGCAGUCCCACGUGUCUCUGCUGCAAGAAGACCUCCUUCGCUUGCCUUCAUUUCCCCGUAGUGCCAUUGAUGCAGAAUUCUCACUCUUCAAUGAUCCACAAGCUGGCAAGGAACUCUUUGGUUUGGAUACACUUCAGAAAAGCCUAUGGAUUAAAUUGCUAGAAGAGAUGUUCCUGGGAAUGCCCAGUGAAUUUCCCUGGGGGGAUGAAAUCAUGCUGUUCCUGAAUGUAUUUAAUGGGGCCCUGAUCCUACACCCAGAGGACAGUGCAUUGUUGAGGCAGUAUGCUGCUACUGUAAUCAACACAGCUGUACAUUUCAACCACCUCUUCUCUCUCAGUGGUUACCAGUGGAUCCUUCCCACUAUGCUGCAGGUAUACGCUGACUAUGAGAGUAAUCCACAGCUCCGUCAAGCAAUUGAGUUUGCCUGUCGUCAGUUUUACAUUCUACAUCGUAAGCCUUUUGUGCUGCAAUUGUUUGCUAGUGUUGCUCCACUUCUCGAAUUUCCUGAUGCUGCAUACAAUGGACCCAGCAAGGGAGUGUCUGCUCAGUGCCUGUUUGAUCUUCUGCAAUCCUUAGAAGGAGAUACUUCUGACAACCUGGAUAUUCUAGAAUUGGUAAAAGCAGAGAAGCCCCUAAAAUCACUAGAUUUCUGUUAUGGCAAUGAGGAUCUGACAUUUUCAAUCAGUGAAGCCAUCAAGUUAUGUGUAACAGUUGUGGCAUAUGCACCUGAGUCUUUCAGAAGUCUUCAGAUGCUGAUGGUCCUUGAAGCUCUAGUGCCCUGUUACUUGCAGAAACUUAAGAGGCAAACCUCUCAAGUGGAAACUGUGACAGCUGCUCGAGAAGAGAUUGCUGCUACAGCUGCUCUUGCGACAUCCUUGCAAGCGCUUUUGUACAGUGUGGAAGUUCUUACUCGGCCAAUGACUGCACCUCAGAUGAGUCGCUGUGAUCAAGGCCAUAAAGGAACCACUACUGCUAACCAUACUAUGUCAGCUGGAACAAAUACCAGGUACCCAGAGCAAGGAGCCAAACUGCAUUUUAUCAGAGAAAAUCUUCAUUUGCUAGAGGAAGGCCAAGGCAUCCAGCGGGAGGAGCUGGAUGAACGUAUUGCUAGAGAAGAGUUUCGACGACCGCGUGAGUCCCUAUUGAAUAUAUGCACUGAGUUCUACAAACACUGUGGCCCCCGACUGAAGAUUUUACAGAACCUGGCUGGAGAGCCCAGGGUGACUUCUUUAGAGCUGCUGGAUGUUAAGUCUCAUAUGAGAUUGGCAGAGAUUGCACAUUCCCUUUUGAAGCUGGCACCUUAUGAUACCCAGACAAUGGAGAGCCGAGGGCUCCGACGGUACAUCAUGGAAAUGCUGCCCAUCACUGACUGGACUGCUGAAGCAGUGAGGCCUGCCCUUAUCCUCAUCUUGAAAAGACUGGAUCGUAUGUUCAAUAAAAUUCACAAGAUGCCUACUUUGAGGAGACAGGUUGAAUGGGAGCCUGCCAGCAAUUUGAUUGAAGGGGUUUGUUUGACACUUCAGAGGCAGCCAAUCAUAUCCUUCCUGCCUCAUCUUAGGUCACUGAUCAAUGUCUGUGUCAAUCUGGUGAUGGGAGUAGUAGGACCUUCCAGUGUGGCCGAUGGAUUACCCCUUCUUCAUCUCAGCCCUUAUCUCUCGCCACCUCUACCCUUCAGCACAGCUGUUGUCCGGCUUGUAGCAUUGCAGAUUCAGGCUUUAAAAGAAGAUUUUCCCUUAAGCCAUGUGAUCUCCCCAUUCACCAAUCAGGAGAGAAGGGAAGGAAUGCUUUUAAAUCUACUGAUUCCAUUUGUGCUCACAGUAGGAUCAGGAAGCAAAGACAGCCCUUGGCUGGAGCAGCCUGAAGUUCUCCUGCUGCUCCAGACAGUCAUUAACAUUUUACUGCCACCUCGCAUUAUUAGCACUUCACGUAGUAAAAACUUCAUGCUGGAGAGCUCCCCUGCUCACUGCUCCACACCAGGAGAUGCAGGAAAGGACCUGCGUAAGGAAGGACUAGCUGAAUCCACUAGUCAAGCAGCCUACUUGGCUUUGAAGGUGAUCCUUGUUUGUUUUGAGCGGCAGCUUGGUAGCCAAUGGUAUUGGCUGAGUCUGCAAGUCAAAGAAAUGGCUUUGCGAAAAGUUGGAGGGCUGGCCCUAUGGGAUUUCCUGGAUUUUAUUGUACGCACUCGAAUUCCUAUUUUUGUACUUCUUCGCCCCUUUAUUCAAUGCAAGUUGCUAGCCCAGCCAGCUGAGAAUCACGAGGAAAUGACUGCCCGACAACACAUUGCUGACCAGCUGGAGCGGCGCUUCAUCCCCCGCCCUCUCUGUAAGAGCUCUCUCAUUGCAGAAUUCAAUAAUGAACUGAAGAUCCUUAAGGAGGCUGUGCAUAGUGGAUCAGCUUACCAAGGGAAGACCUCCAUUAGCACUGUGGGAACCUCCACCUCUGCUUAUCGGCUGAGCCUUGCCACUAUGUCCCGCUCCAAUACUGGCACUGGAACCGUUUGGGAACAGGAUAGUGAGCCUUCUCAGCAAGCCUCCCAGGAUACUUUAAGCAGGACAGAUGAAGAAGAUGAGGAAAAUGACUCAGUGAGCAUGCCCAGUGUGGUAAGUGAACAGGAAGCAUACCUUAUGGGUACCAUUGGGAGGAGGCGAUUCUCCAGCCAUCUCUCCACCAUAUCUGCACCUCAGCCUGAAGUGGGCAUGUUACCCAGUCAAAGUGAACCCAAUGUCCUCGAUGACUCCCAGGGCCUGGCCGCUGAGGGCAGCCUCUCUAGGGUAGCGAGUGUGCAGAGUGAACCUGGACACCACAAUCUUCUUGUUCAGCAACCAUUAGGCAGGAAAAGAGGUCUAAGACAGCUAAGGAGGCCUCUUUUAUCACGCCAGAAAACCCAAACUGAACCUCACAGCCGUCACGCAGCACGACUUUCAACAACACGUAGAAGCAUACAGCCCAAAACAAAACCAACGGUGGAUCAAAAACGAUCUGUCACCUUCACUGAAGCUCAAUCAGAGGCAUCAUCUUCAAAAUCUGAUCCUACACCUAUUGCAGCCCAGCAGCAACAAUGCAGCAAAAGGAACAGCCCUGCAGAAGGUAGCAAGCAAGCAACCAAUAAAUCUGUUGUGAAGUCAUCACCUACCAUUAUUGUGGCAGAUCUCCAUAGUCAAAUCUCUUCUCACCAGACUGAGACACCUGUUACUGGAAAAGAUACAAAAAAGGAGGAGGAUUCAGAGCAAAACCCAGCACUUGCUCAUAGUACCUCUCCAACUGCACAGCUUUCUGAUGCUGAGGACUUCACGGGCUUAGAAACAACCAGCUUAUUGCAGCAUGAAGAUACUGUGCUUCAUAUAAGUGAAGACAAUGGGAUGGAGAAUCCACUUCUUUCCAGCCAGUUCAACUUCACACAAGUUGAGAUGGGGCAAACUGAUGUUGUCCAGGAUGAAUCACAUGUUUGA